UCAAUGAAUAAAGCAAAUUAUUCUGAAGUGUCUCAAUUUGUGUUCCUGGGACUUUCUACCUAUAGACCAAUGCAGCAUUUCCUCCUGGCCUUCUCUACAGUGUCUUAUGUAACAAUCAUUCUAGGAAACCUCCUUGUUGUGCUUACAGUGACUUUUGACUAUCAUUUACAUUCCCCCAUGUACUUCCUUUUAGCCAACCUCUCAGUGAUUGAUUUCUGUCUUUCAACUUCAGCAGUUCCUAAGAUGAUAUCUGAUUUGUACUCUGGGCACAAAGCCAUAUCCUUCCAGGGAUGUGUCAUCCAGAUGUUUGUCCUUCACAUCCUGGGGGGAUCUGAGAUGGUGCUGCUCAUUGCCAUGGCCUUUGAUAGAUAUGUGGCCAUAUGUAAGCCCCUCCAUUACCUGACUGUCAUGAGCCCACAAAUGUGCAUUUUGAUUCUUUCUGGUGCUUGGGUUAUAGGCCUCAUUCACUCAGGGGUCCAGAUAGCUUUUGUUGUUCAUUUGCCUUUUUGUGGUCCUAAUGAGAUAGAUAGCUUUUACUGUGACCUUCCUUGGUUUAUCAAACUUGCUUGCACAGACACCUACAGAAUGGAAUCCAUCGUUACUGCCAACACUGGGUUUAUUUCCUUGGCCACCUUAUUCUUGUUGAUUAUCUCCUAUAUCUUCAUCCUGGUCACUGUAUGGAAACACUCUUUAGGUGGUUUGUCUAAGGCCCUUUCUACUCUCUCAGCUCACUUCACUGUGGUGGUUUUGUUCUUUGGACCAUGCAUCUUUGUUUACAUAUGGCCAUUGCCCACAGUGGCAGUGAAUAAGUUUCUUCCCAUUUUGGACUUUCUGAUUACACCCAUUCUGAAUCCCAUUAUCUACACAUUGAGGAAUAAAGAUAUGAAGAUGGCAAUGAGGAGACUAAUUAGUCAACUCCUGAGUUUGAGGAAGAUCUCCUAA